CCACCCUUUUCUAUCUACCCAUCGCCUCACGCCCUCACCAACUCCCCCUGUCUGUCUCGGUUAGCGUGGAGAGAGAAAGGUGGGGGAGGGAGGAGAGGGAGAGGUCAAGCCGGAGCCGAGAACAGCUCAACAGCAGAGGGCCGAGGAAAAGGAGAGGCGUGGGAAGGCGCCCAGCACCCUCGAGGGAGAGCCAGCCAGCCAGCCACCCCCACCGCACCGCGGCUGCCGUACGCGGAGCAAAAGCCCUGCAUCUGGAUCAGGCCUCCUCCUCGCGCCGCUUCCUGCGCUCGCCAUCGCCACCCCGGGCCGCCGCCGAGUGGAGAUCCGCCCCCGGGCCUGGGCGCAGGCUGGUGUCUUCCUUCCCUGGUACAAUUGAUUUGAUUACCUUCGAAAAUCCGCACCCCUGUUUUCACGUGAUUAGAAAGGACAGAAAGUGCAGCAAUUGUGGACUAAAGGGCUUGUGCUUUUGAGAGUACUUCAGGAGGAAUACAUGCGUAACGAAACCUUGAUUCGGGAAUGGUGUCCACUCGAAGGAACAGCGGGAUUAUCCUACGGGAAGGGCCGGUUAGGGACUGGUCCGAGUUUAAUGACCCCUCACCGUCCCCAAAACUGCUGUAUUCACAGUCCUAUGUUGCAAUGAGGGGGUUGCUGGCCUCGGUGGUGUCCUUGGACUUUUUCCUGUUGUCAAGCAAGCUAAAAUCUGCAUGGGCAGGUAUGACGUCCCAUAGGCAUAUUCGAUCUCAGGAGAGAUCGAAAACAAGGGGAUUGAGCUGCAAGAGAGCCGCAAUUCAUCUGUUGCUGUGUUUCAUGGUUGGCAUUUUCAUUGGCUUCAUGCCAUUCUUCUCGGUUGAUGUUUAUAAGAAAAUUGUCUCUGAAAAUGAAAGGCUUCCGUUCCACGAGAAUGUGAUUGAGGCGGAGAUGAUGGAUACUAAAGUUAAGGAGUUGGAGACAGUUGUAGUCGAGAAAGAGGUCGAACUGAUUGAUGAGCCAGAAGUUGGAGAGAGCCCUCCAGUUCCUGCAAUGUUGGAUGACGAGGCAGAUUUUGCUGAAUCAACACGUGCAUUACCUGCUAUUAAAGAAUCAGACAUCGCUGUGAAGAAGCUGUUGAUAAUCGUGACAAUUACUUCUGUUCGGCCACAACAGCCAUAUUACUUGAAUCGGUUAGCCCAUGUCUUGAAAGAUGUACAUGCACCUCUUUUGUGGUUAGUGGUGGAAUGGCCUGAACAGUCCUAUGAAACAGCAGAGAUUCUGAGGUCUUCUGGGGUUAUGUACAGGCAUCUUAUAUGUAGAAAGAAUACUACAAGUGUACGAAAGAUCGCUGUCUGUCAAAGGAAUAAUGCAAUCUAUCAUGUCAAAAAGCAUCACCUGGAUGGUAUAAUGCAUUUUGCAGAUGAAGAGCGGUCAUACUCAGCUGAUGUAUUUGAAGAAAUGCAGAAAAUCAGGCGCUUUGGCUCGUGGCCUGUAGCAAUCCAUGUUGGAACUAAGUAUAGGGCAGUUUUGGAAGGCCCUAUUUGUAAAGGUAGCCGAGUCACUGGAUGGCACACAAUCCAGACAGCUCUAAAGAAGAGUAUGAUUCGUCGAUUCCCAAUUGGUUUCUCUGCAUUUGCUUUCAACAGUACAAUGUUGUGGGACCCUCAGAGAUGGAACCGCCCAGCUAUGGAUUCUGUUAUAGUCCACUCAGGUGGAAGAGGUGGUUUGCAGGAGUCGAGAUUUAUAGAGAAGCUUGUUAAAAAUGAACGCCAAAUAGAGGGUCUUCCAGACAAUUGCAACAGGGUUAUGGUCUGGAAUUUCAACCUGGAACCUCCUCAACUAAACUACCCCACAGGCUGGGCACUAUAUAAGUACCUAGAAGCCAACAUGCCUGUAAUAUAGUUUCUUGCUGCUGCACUAUGUCUGCUCCGAGAGGUGAUUUUUCUCAGUCAGCCAGAAGCUCAAAGGACGUUUCCAGUGGCACGAUGGUUCGAAAUUUCAACUUCCAGACUCCCAGUUGGGUUGCUGGAUGAUGCCAUCCUGAAGAGGUUGCACCAAAGAUUACAUGGAUAUUACGUGCAGAGAUCUGCCUUCAGCAUUGUCAGAUCUGUUGCAGGGCCAAUCAAGACAGGAUCUUUUUCUUCUCUUUCUUUUGUGUAUUCCUUUUAUGCUCUUUAUUUUUUUCUCUCUCCUUAUAUUCACCAGCUAGAUACUGCAUGUAGAGUGUUUUUUUAGGUUCUUCUGUUUUUGCAUAUGUGUUACCUUACAGAUGUAAAAGCUCGCAUACAUUGAAACUGUUUAAGAGCAAAGGCAAAUACCGUCUUGAUACGUGAA